CAGCUCCAGGGUGGAGGUCCCCAUUGAGACCAGUGUCUCGCCUUCAGGUUUCAGUGAGCCCAACAUGGCUUCUUCAUCCAGGAUCCAAAGCCUGGGGCCACGGCCUGGGUUUUCUACCCUGCACCGCUUGCGGAAGAAACGGAAAGCCCAACGGCUGAAGGACCCGCUUGACGAACUCUUGCUGAAGACCUUGACAGCUCAGAGGGAAAUGGAGGAGCGCUUUCUGCAAAUGGAGGAAAGGCGGCUGCAACGAGACCUGGAGGUGGAGGAACGGCGAAUACAGCUGGAGCAGCGGCGUUUUGAAGUGGAACGAGACCACGAGUUCCGCAUGUUCAGCGUCUUCGCUCAGAUGCUCAGCAUCUUGAAACAGAACAACAGUGGCUCCUCUGCGAGUGGGCUGCCCCAAGGAGUGGACUUUAGCCAGGCCUUUCCCGGCACUUCAGGAGUCCCACAGGAAAUAAGGACUACACCGCUGGGGCAGUCUGCCUUGGACAGGACAACCAACAUGUACAGUUCUUGUAACCAUCAUGAUUUCCAAAGCAGCCCAUACCUUUCUGUCCGAGGCAAUAUUGCCAGCAUCUUCCAUGGAUCCACAGAAGAAGGAUACAAGGCCUACCAUGAUGACAAGUAUGACGAAGACAAAAAUCCCAAUGGCAUCAUUAAUCUUGGUACCAGUGAGAACAAACUCUGCUUUGAUCUGAUGUCCAAGCGGCUGACACAAAGUGACAUGAAUGUCAUUGAGCCCCCACUGCUCCAAUACCCUGACUGGAAAGGACACAUGUUCUUGCGGGAGGAAGUAGCUCGAUUUUUGACAUACUACUGCAAGGCACCUGCACCUCUCAAAGCCGAAAAUGUGAUUGUGCAGAAUGGCUGUGGCUCUCUGUUUUCUGCUUUAGCUACAGUCCUCUGUGACCCUGGAGAAGCCUUCCUGAUUGCUACCCCAUUCUAUGGGGGUAUCACCCACAGUGUGUUUCUCUAUGGGAACAUCAAGUUGGUCUAUGCCUAUCUAGACAGUCAGGUGUCUGGCACAUGCACUCGUCCAUUCCAGCUUACUGUGGACAAGCUAAAGAAGGCUUUGCAGGAUGCACAGUCCGAGGGUGUCAAAGUGAAGGCUUUAAUUCUACUGAACCCACAAAACCCCCUGGGAGACAUCUAUUCUCUCUCAGAGCUUACCGAGUACUUGGAAUUUGCAAAAAGGUAUGAACUACAUGUGAUUGUAGAUGAGAUCUACAUGCUGUCGGUUUUUGAUGAUUCCGCCUCUUUUCAUAGUGUGCUGGAGAUGGACAGAUUACCUGAUCCACAGAGGACCCAUGUGAUGUGGGGAAUUAGUAAGGACUUUGCUACCUCAGGGAUUCGUUUUGGAACCCUAUACACAGAGAACCAAGAUGUAGCCAAUGCCAUUGGUUCCUUGUGUUACUUCCAUGGGGUCUGUGGGCCUAUCCAGUACAAAGUUGCCCAGCUACUCCGAGACAAAGACUGGAUCAACCAGGUGUACUUACGGUCCAACCAUGACAGGUUAAAAGCUGCCCAUACCUUUGUGACAGAUGAGCUCAAGACCCUUGGGGUUCCCUUCCUGAAUCGCAAUGCAGGCUUCUUUGUGUGGAUUGACUUCCGAAAGUACCUGAAAAGACGAACCUUUGAGGAGGAAAUGCUGCUGUGGAGACGCUUCCUGGAUAACAAGAUUCUGCUAUCCUGUGGUAAAGCCUUUGAAUGCAGUGAGCCUGGCUGGUUCCGCAUCAUCUUUGCUGACAAAACACACCGGUUGCAGCUAGGAAUGCAGAGGGUCCGUGAGGUCCUAGAGCAACGUGAGCAGGAACUCCUGAAUGAAGAGAGAGACCAGACCUGUCAGUCUGAUUCAGAGGGCAAAGCGGACAGCACAGAUGAAGUGAUCUUUGUGUCCCAUCACCAAGAACCAGUGUCCACUGCUGGCUGUAACCUUGGUGACCUUAUUGGUCUUCUGCAGCAGCAAAUGCGUUCAUCUGACUGGCUGCAGAAAAAUACAGUGGAGCAGUUUGCACAGGAGAAACCAGAGAUCUAUGACGUUUUCAGCAAGCUGGUGGGGAAGCAGUAGAGCGCUUUGAUGCAUCUGUGUGAAGAUUGUCCCUGGAGGUCAUUAUGGCUGGGCUUGGACUUACAGCC